UGUAAGUAGACAUCACAUUUUAUUCAAUGAUUUGUAGAGGAGCUUUUUAGCCUUAGUGUCAUCGCAUGGUGCUGCUAAUUCCUCAGUGAUGCUGCGUGGUCCAGACAUGGUGCUGCUAAUUCCUCAGUGAUGCUGCGUGGUCCAGACAUGCUGAAGAGCCGCUGCUUCGUCCUAUUUGGUGACCUGAAGGGGCUGUUACUCCGGCCCCCGUCUCCGGUAUCGGUAUUGAUCCCCAUGACCGGACACGGACCGGACAGCCAUGGGGUCCCUUCAGACGUCAGUGGACCGGACAACAGCACGUUAACGGCCCAUCGGGGUCCGGGGGACAUACGGACUGCCCCGCCACCGGGGGGUGCCAGCGGGCCGGAGAGAGACAGACUGGCGGGGGGCUCAGGCUGGGUUGAUGCGGCAGAGCCAUCGGGGGUAUUACACCGCAGCAGCUCCUCUGAUAGCUGGGCUAAGGACAAGCUGGAUCAGAGGUUCUCCUUGUGCAGUUAUAGUGAGAGUGGCAGCCUCAGGACACCUGUCUGCAGGAUCUGCUUCCAGGGACCUGAAACGGGGGAGCUGCUGAGCCCAUGCCGCUGCAGUGGGUCGGUCCGCUGUAUCCACCAGCCCUGCCUCAUCAAGUGGAUCAGUCAGAGAGGAUCCUGGGCCUGUGAACUCUGCUACUACAAGUACCAGGUCAUCAGCAUCAGCACCAGGAACCCGCUACAGUGGCAGUCCAUCUCCCUGGCGGUGAUAGAGAAGGUUCAGAUAGCUGCAGCGGUUCUGGGGUCUAUGUUCCUGGUGGCCAGUCUGUCCUGGCUGGUCUGGUCCUCCUUCAGCCCCUCGGCACGCUGGCAGAGACAUGACCUGCUUUUCCAGAUCUGCUACGGCAUGUACGGAUUCAUGGACAUCGUCUGCUUCGCUCUAAUCAUCCACGAAGGACCUUCAGUGUUCCGUAUCUUUAACCGGUGGCAGGCUGUCAACCAGCAGUGGAAGGUUCUCAACUACGACAAGACCACUGACAGUGAGAACCUGAAGACAGUAGCCACAGUGCGGACUCUCUCUCAGCCUCAGUCUAGCCAGAGAAACCAGCCUGGGACGGGAUUAGGACCCUCCUCUGCCACCUCCCCUCUGGCUGCUGCCACCACAGCACCGGAUUUAGCUACAGCAUCACCAGCCACAGGGAUUGGGCUGGUCACACAGGGUUCCAGUGAGCAGGCCAUGGGGACAGCUGGACCAGACCAACACUGUGCUGCCUACAAUAUCCUCCACCUUCUCAGCCACCUGAGGCAGCCAGAGGCCCACGGCUACCCCAGCCACAGCACCCGGGAGCUGGUCAUGAGAGUCACUACAGUCUGAGGCUCUGACUGAGGCCUUGUCAAGGAGAGAUUUGACAUUGAAAUAGAAGGACUUGGUCUAAAAUGAACCAACAAUGUUUAAA